AUCCUAUCUCAUCCAUGCUAUUCUGCACGUAACAACAUGCAACCGCAGCUCAUUGACCGGACAUGCAUUUUUUUUUUUAAUCUUUUAUGCGAAGCCGUACCCGCAACCUUCAGGAGGGAUAGAGAACAUGAUACUUACCCUUCUCUCGAAACUCAGAUCUGCAACUACAACAGCGAGCACACGAAGCAGCCAUGGCUAACCAAGUUUAAUCUUCUCAUUUCCCCUAAAUCAAUCCCUACUUAUUCUUAUUGUUCCUUAAACCUAUGGAGAUGGAGCCCAAAGGCAUGAAUCCUGAGCCUUCCAAGCUCCACCAACCCGGACCUCAACCGGAACCCGCUCACGACGAUGCCUCCACCAAGGAUGAUCGUCCUCUUCUCAAAUCCGAUUCAAACCGGAUAUCUUCGUCGGAGAGUAUUGAAGAGUUGGAGAAGAAAUUUGCUGCGUACGUGCGCUAUGAUGUCUAUGGGACCAUGGGGCGCGGCGAGCUGCCGUUGGCGGAGAAGGUCCUGCUAGGCAUCGCGUUGGUGACGCUGUUACCCAUAAGAGUAGUGCUCGCGAUGAAUAUACUGUUGCUUUAUUACGCGAUUUGUAGGAUCUGUACGCUCUUCUCGGCUCCAAACCGGGACGAGGAGGAGGAGCAGGAGGAUUUCGCGCAUAUGGGAGGUUGGAGAAGGACUGUUAUUGUGAGGUGCGGGAGGUUUCUCUCUAGAGCUAUGCUUUUCGUGUUUGGAUUUUAUUGGAUUAAGGAAACCUAUAGGAUUGUAGAGCAGCCUCAAGACAAGCCUUUCACCCAGAAUGAGGGCAAAGAUCAAUCCGGAGAACCAGAAAGACCUGGGGCAAUAAUUUCUAAUCAUGUUUCAUAUUUAGAUAUUUUGUAUCACAUGUCUUCUUCUUUUCCAAGCUUUGUUGCCAAGGUUUGUUCGCAUCCAGAAUUUACGUUAUAUUGGUGUUCAAGUGUGGCUAAACUUCCUCUUGUUGGUCUCAUCAGCAAGUGCCUUGGUUGUGUCUAUGUUCAAAGAGAGUCAAAGUCAUCUGACUUCAAGGGCGUUGCAGGUGUCGUGACUGAAAGAGUUAAAGAAGCUCAUCAGAAUAGGUCUGCUCCUAUGAUGAUGCUGUUUCCAGAAGGCACCACUACAAACGGAGACUUCCUUCUUCCAUUCAAGACAGGUGCAUUCUUAGCUGGUGCUCCUGUGCUUCCAGUGAUUCUGAGAUAUCCUUAUCAGAGAUUCAGUCCUGCUUGGGAUUCAAUUUCUGGGGUGCGACAUGUGAUUCUCCUCCUCUGUCAAUUCAUAAAUUACAUAGAAGUGAAAAGAUUACCUGUGUACUACCCAUCACAGGAAGAGAAGGAUGAUCCGAAGCUAUAUGCCAAUAAUGUUCGACGGUUAAUGGCUCGUGAGGGUGAUUUAGUUAUGUCAGAUAUUGGACUAGCUGAGAAGCGAGUAUAUCAUGCUGCUCUCAAUGGUAAUAAUAGCCUGCCUAGUGUUUUGCAUCAGAAAGACGAUUGAUAAUUUCUCUCUCCAUUUGGCUAACAAAUGAUGCUGAUAUGUCAUUACUGUCUUGUAAAUUCUCAUAACGAGAGUUGUGGCCAUUGAAUAGAAUACAUUUUUAAAUGUGAUGGUGUAUGUUUGUUGAAGCAUCUAAUUUAAGAGCUUCCUGGGGUUUUAAUUUGUUGUUGUAUAUGCAUUCUGAACGAGUUUUCUAAAUUAACCUUGAAAACCCUUUAGAGUUUAGAUAGAAAAGAUUGCAUCUGUAAAACUGAAGCAUCUGUUUCCUAUUCCUGCAGGUUUGUUUUGAGAAUGCUAAAUUCGGAUACGCCGUCUGUAUAAUUCAUUGUAUGAUUCUAUUAGUAACAGAAACUAUAAAAUUUAUAGAGAAUCAUGUGCAGAAUCAGUGUUCCUUUUGCCAUUACUUGAAAAUGUAUUCGCCUGGAUGUGUAAUAUUAUUGGUCCUUGUUAAGCUC